UACGACGGGGAGGAGAAGGUGAAAUUUGAUAGUGGAGUACUACUGCUUAGCACGCACAGAUUAAUAUGGAGGGAUCAGAAGAAUCAUAUGUAGCCCACAUUUUGUUUCACAGAAAUUACGUUCAAAGAAGAUGAUAUACAAGGAAUAUUCUUUCACCCAAUUCUGCUGUAAUAAAAUGAUCAGAGAUGAGGAGGCGCAGAAAGGAAUCGUAUCGUUUUUCCUUUUCUGUGGCACACAAAUGGAGAAGGAAGUCUGCCAUCAUGUAUUGGAUACUUGGUUUUGAGAAUGAAGGAAUGCUGCAUUGCUAUACCUCUGUCUCAAGUUGUCUUUAUUGAAGAGCAAGCAGCUGGGAUAGGAAAAAGUGCCAAAAUAGUCGCUCAUCUUCAUCCUGCUUCUCCAAACAAAGAGCCUGGCCCAUUCCAAAGCAGCAAAUACUCCUACAUAAAACUUUCUUUCAAAGAGCAUGGACAAAUCGAGUUCUUUCGACGAUUCUCAGAAGAAAUUACACAGAGGAGAUGGGAGAACAUGCCUGCUGGACAGACCAUUCAGGUUAACAAGGAUCCACAGGCAGGAAGAGUAAGAGCUGUAGGAAUUGUAGGGAUCGAAAGGAAACUAGAAGCAAAAAGAAAAGAGACUGACAAAAACAUUUCCGAGGCUUUUGAGGACCUUAGUAAGCUAAUGGAGAAGGCUAAGGAAAUGGUGGAGCUAUCCAAGUCAAUUGCUAAUAAGAUUAAAGAAAAACAAGGUGACAUCACGGAGGAUGAGACUAUUAGGUUCAAAUCAUAUCUGCUGAGUAUGGGCAUAGCCAAUCCAGUUACUAGGGAAACACACGGAUCUGGUACUCAUUACCACAUGCAGCUGGCAAAGCAACUAGCUGGAAUGCUGCAGACACCAUUAGAGGAGAGAGGAGGAAUCAUGUCACUUACAGAAGUGUACUGUCUGGUAAACCGUGCACGAGGAUUGGAGUUGCUCUCACCAGAAGAUUUAGUAAAUGCUUGUAAGAUGCUGGAGCCACUGAAACUGCCGCUACGGCUUCAGAUAUUUGACAGCGGUGUGAUGGUGAUUGAGCUCCAGUCUCACAAUGAAGAGGAAAUGGUUGCUUCUGCUUUAGAGACAGUAUCUGAAAAGGGCUCUCUCACAGCUGAUGAGUUUGCGAAGCUGGUGGGAAUGUCUGUUCUCUUAGCCAAAGAAAGGCUGCUUCUUGCUGAAAAGAUGGGCCAUCUUUGCAGAGACGAUUCGGUGGAAGGCUUGAGAUUCUACCCAAAUUUAUUUUUAACACAAAGCUAAUGUAGUUUGUGUGCAUUUGCUAUGUAACGGUUGAACGUGAGAGCAGAGAGCGGAACCUUUUCAACAACAGACACUGACAUUUUUUACUUUGUGUCAACUCUAACAGUGAUGAACAUUGCAACACUUUACAGUUCUCAGGUAUUUCAAGUGCUGAAUCAUCUUGUGUGGAACCAAAAGGAAAUAAGAAUCACCAGGUCAGAAACAUGUUAAUUGUCUUAAGCUGGCUAUCUCACAUUUCAAGUUCCAUUUGAUGUGCUUUGUAACUUCUCAUUUCAAGAGGAGUGAGAUGCAGAUUGCACAUGAGUGAAAAUGGAGAGACUACCCUUACAGCCUGCCAUGAGAGUCAGCACCCAGAACACAGGUUAUUGCAUACUCCAAUUUCAGUUAAUUUGUGUCUGGAGCAACAAAGCAGACAGAUGCAUCCGUUGCAUAGAGACUCUGGUGUGUAAGGAUUGAAACAGUGCAGAAUAAUUUGCAGAAUAACCCUGUCUCCUUGAGGUAAUGAAGUUUUUAAAGAAUAUUCUUGGUUUCUUUGAGACGUAAAGAAUCUGCUGCAGGAGAAAUUAACAUGUGUUAUGUGAAUCUAGAAAGCAGCUUGUUCAUUUUGUCAUUUUGUCAUGUCUUAUGCUAUCUCAGAUAGAAGCAUUGUUAGUAUGGACUUCCUCCCUUCUCUUUCUUUGCCAUCUCCCUUCCUGUCUCAUUGUGUUGCACUUUGGUGCACGUUCUGUGUCCUCUCUUUAUACAGCACAGUGUGCAAUAGCCUCCUGUCACUCCACCAGACUCAUUUCUUUUUGUUUGUUUGUUUUUCAUUUUGUACUUCCAAUGAAAGAUCAGCAGUUAGCUUCAUCAGCCCAUUGCCUGUUUUGGAGAGACAGUGCAUUUCUUCAUGUCUCGUACACCAAAAUUAAUGUGCUUUCAAUAUCAAAGGGGAGAAGAAGGCUAUCAACCUAUGUUUGAUAGUCACAAGGUGUCUUUUUGUUUGGUAUUCCUCUCCCUGUUUUCAGACUGGAUGCAAUUUGAUAGCCUCAGCUUUUGUAACUCCAGUGGAGUUGUUACGGUACUUGGAAAUGUGUUGUGGUGGUAAUAGCAGUAAGUGGAUGUUUAUUAUCCACAUCACUUACAUUGUCAGCUUUCUGAAUGGGCUGGUUUCAGUAAAUAAAAAAAAUCAUUCAAGUGAUGGGCAAAGACAAUAAGUUUGCAACUGCGUUAUAACUGGGGCAGUGGAAUUGGCAUUAAGCAAAGGAGAGAGGUUUUUUUAACAGCCUGAAAAUAUUUUCAGAACUAUUUCAGUGUUACCACAGCUUAGACGUGGUUAAGAACCUGCCAAUAAUGAGCUCAAUGUGGACAUCCUUACAGUAAUAAUGGUUUUGAUUUGCCAGAUGCUCAUUUAGAUCCAGGGAAUUGUGUCCUCUUUGUCACGAGUGAAGUUGUGUGCAGUGCUUUCCUUACAGCAGUUUUCCUCUGUGUUUCAUGAAGGUGCUAAAAAUAAUGGAUUUGACACAGCUGAAAGAAAAUGGUUCCACCCUGUUCUUAUUCUGUUAACCAGCUAAUAUCAUCUCUUCAGGAGCCUUAUGGCCUGCUGCUUUUCUUCAUUUUCCCCACAACACACAGAAGAGAUCUGUGUGAGGUAUCUCAGGCAGUGUGCGUCUAAGGGAAGACUGGAAAUUGAGAAAUACAGAAGCAGAAAGCUGGUUUGUGACAGCUAUUUCUCUUGCUUGGUACUCACACCUGCCCCAGAGAAACCAGGAGUUUAUGGGCCCAAACCUCUCCCCACAGGGGGGAUGUAUCCUCUGUCAGAAAGCACAAAAUCAGAAAGGAAGUGCCGAGUGUAAACUCCUAGUCUCCAUUACUCCAACCCAGAGCAUUUAAUUAUCUCAAUCGAGUAAUAAAUAACAAUAGGUUGUAUUUAGAAUGAUGGUAUCUUCUUGAGAUUUUCUUUCCCAGUAUUUUCCUUGAAAUAUUUUAUUUCGGUAGGGAAGAAAUCUAGAAGCUAAAUUGUAUAUAGCUGGUUUAGAAUUGAAAUACACAAAAGAAAAUGACCACUGAAAUCAGUAACAAUUAAAAGAUUUUUCUUAAGUAGACUAUUCUGUGAGCUUUAUUUCUUCCUUAAUGUUUUUUGGGAGCACUGAAAUGUUUAAGCAUCAAAUCUUGUGGUUCUGUGGGGUAGGUUUUCAUACAAUGUAUUUUUGCCACCUUGUUUUGUACCCAAAGGGGCACAAAACAGGUUUGAUGUAAAAAUAUAAGGCAGAAUUAAAUGCAAUUAUAAUAUAAUUAUAAUAUCCUGAUUCUGUUGCUGAAUAGCUUGUGACCUGUCACAGGCCAAACCACAGAACUGCAGGUGCUUGCAGAAACAUGAACACCAACUUCAUGAGGGAGGCAGUCUGAGCCAGAGCCACAGGUACACCAUGCUGCCUUUGAAAGGCCUUUGGUGCAUGGAAUGUGUUUUCUCAGCUGAAAGAACGCAGAGAUCCAUGUGUAUCCAUCACUCGUACAGAGCCAGCUGUUGCGUGGUGACGUUGUUGCAGUGUGCUAUGAUGUGUCAGUACCUUGAACUGUCCUGAGUUCGUGCUCCCCAAUCCUGUUUCUAUUGGUACUAAUAGCAAAAUGCCUCCUGACACCAUUGACACAGAGUAUAGAAGAGAGAAAAGUGUAGGAGCUGCCUUUCUCACGGAUUGUACCAAUUUAAUAUAGAAGGUAUGUGUAUGAACCUCAUUUCCUUUCAUGUUUUGAUCAUUGCUGCAAUGUUUGUAUCAUGAUACGUGAACAUUAUCUCAUUUUGCCAGGGAUGUCCAAUUAUGCAGUCCUUUGAGCAGAGGCUUGUAACAGAGCUCAGUUCAAAAAGUGCUUGUUCCUUUAUGGAGCAGUCUUAAAUGUGAUUAGGUUUGUCAUGUGAGAACACAGGCCUUUCCAUGCCUCUGACAGGAAAAGAAGGCUGCAUGGGAAUCUGUACAUCCUUUCUCUUUUCCCUUUGUUUUCAGGAACAAUUACUUUAUAUUCAGCCAGUGGAGGCACGGAUGUAAUCUGAACCAUGCUGCUGAAGUGCAAACCCUUCUUUCUAAAAUGUAUAAGCACACAUAUGUAUGUAAGUGCACUUAGAAGUGUAGGAAGCGUAUCUUUAAUAAUCGCUCCUGGUUGUAUGUUGAUUAGCUAAACUCACUGACGCUUAGUUUCACUAAGUCACUUAGAAACCAAAGUUUCACAGUCUGAAGGAACUGGGCUUGUUUAGCUUGGAGAAGAGAAGGCUGUGGGGAGACUUCAUUGUGGCCUUCCAAUACUUGAAGGGAGCUUAUGAACAGGAGGAAGAAUGGCUGUUUAUGAGGGUGGAUAGCGAUUGGACAAAGGGGGAAUGGUUUUAAACUGAGACAGAGAGGUUUAGGUUAGAUAUUAGGUGGAAGUUUUUCACACAGAGGGUGGUGACACACUGGAACAGGUUGCCCAAGGAGGUUGUGGAUGCCCCAUCCCUGGAGGCAUUCAAGGCCAGGCUGGAUGUGGCUCUGGGCAGCCUGGUCUGCUGGUUGGUGACCCUGCACAUAGCAGGGGGUUGAAACUGGAUGAGCAUUGUGGUCCUUUUCAACCCAGGCCAUUCUGUGAUUCUAUGACCCAACUCAAAGCCUGGAAUACUUUCAUUUUGAACUGGAGAGUUCUCUCAAAAUACACUCUGAAAAGGCAGAAAUCGGCUGAUUAAAAAUUAUUUGUGGAUUUGAUAUGAGGUCAUUGUUAUCUCAGCCUUUUUUCUGAGCUAUAAUUACAAAUGUGACUAUUGUGUUGUACUUCCUAUGCUGGCAAUGCCCAUUUUAUCCUGAUUCUCAGUGCUUCAGAACCCAAAUAAAAUAUAAGAAACUCACAUUUCAGGACUUCCUCUGCCAGGAAGGUUUGAACUCUCAUUCUCUUCUCCCAAGGAAGCUGCAGGUAUGCAUGCUCAGGGGAUAUAACAUCCAUGCCUGUCAGCAAUGUUCACCUUUAUUUAUAAGGAAAUACUUAAGUACUUUUUGGAGUUCAUGCCCCUGUGUCAUACCUCCCAGGUAGCUGUCCUGGCCAGCAGGCUUGAGAGUCAUUUCUCUGCAUGGUUUAGAAUUAAAGUCUUAAGUAUUAAAAAACAAACAUCUUCAGGAGCGAGUAAAGAACCUUCUGUUUCAGAGUACCCCAUUGCCUGCUGGUUAGCACACACUCAGGAGAGGUAGACCUGAGAGAAGCCAACUUGUUUCUGUGCUCCUGUAUCCCUUGAUUCAUGUGUGCAGAAUGAUCCCAGACACUUCAAGGCAGGAUUUGCUAUUUAAGCAAAAAGUUUGCAGAAGGAUACCUGCUGUGUGAAAGUUCUCUUAUUCCAGUGACUGCUUUUGCAAUAAACAGAACGUUUGCAAAUAAAUGCAGCACCAGUGCACAGGAUAAACUUGUUGGUACUGUGGUUAUUUAAUGACUCGCUACGUAGGUAGAAUUCUUUUCAAAUGUUGUUUAAAUGUAACUGUAUUUGUCUAUGAGAAACAGCUGUUCUUUCAGCCAGACUCCGCUGUUGUGUGUGUGGCAUAAUUCCCCCUGGUCUCACUUAAAAUCCAAUGGAGAGUUUGAGGUGUGUCCUCAGAUUGCAAAGAUGUUCUGGCUUGACCCACCCCUUCCAUGAGAACAGCAGCACUCCUACUGACUUCAAACCCAGCCUUUGCUGUAAUUCUCAGAUGCUGGCUCAUUAGCAGCUCUGAAAAGUGGUGCAUGAGAAAUGGCUGCACUCUGACAGGAGGAAGGAAGAGCUCACAUCAUGAUGUGGAAUCAGACUGCAACGUGUUUUGGUUUCUUCGGUAGAAAUACUGCUGCAAAAUGACUACUUUUGAUCUUUCUGCAUUUCCAUUGUUUUUGCUACAGCAAGAGAGUCCAAGAUAAGGAGGAUUUUUUUCUCCAUUGAGACUCUAUUUAUAGGCCACAAGGCCAGCAGAGAAUGUGGCCAUCCAGCCUGACCUCUUGGGUGACAGAUGCUGUAGGAUUUCCCUUAGUUAAUUGGUGUUUGAACUAGAGCUCCUCUUUUAGGAACAACAACAGAUCUUGAUUUCUGGGAAAUUCCACCACAACUCUUGGAACAUUUUCCCAGUGACUGUUACCUGUUGUAAAAAAUGUUUUCAGUAUACACAGUCAGACUUUGUUUAGCUUUGUCUUCCAG